AUGGUCUACAUAUCCCUUCGAGAAUUCACCACGUGGCUUGAUGUCACCGUCUUCGAACUGUGGAUCCACUUCGCAUCGAUUUUGGUCUCUUCGGUUUUAUUGUUCCUAAAACUACACAACAUUAUGACAAUAUCUUAUCAAUUGGUGGCAGCUCCAAUUUUCAUUGGGAUCGGUUUCGUCGCCUAUUUCAUUUUUAUCAUCUAUAUGAGAUCCUGUGUAGAAUAUAAGGAUUACAGAGGACCGAGUUAA